AUGAAAGCUAUUCAAAUUAAACAAACUGGAGGUUUAGAAGUUUUAGAACAUGUUGAUUUGCCAAUUCCACAAUUGAAAAAUCCUGAAGAUAUCUUAGUUAAGAAUAAAUAUAUAGGAACCACAUUACCAGCUAUACUUGGUAGAGAAGGUUCUGGAGUUGUUGAAUCAGUUGGAAAUAGUGUUAAAGAUAUUAAACCUGGGGAUAGAGUUGUUUAUAUUGGAUCAUCAAGUUAUUCAGAAUAUUCAAUUGUCAAUGAUAAAUUUACUAUGAAAAUGCCUGAUGAGAUUGAUUUCAAAGUUGGAUGUGCAAGUAUUAUUCAGGGACUAACAGCAUUGACUUUAGUGAGUGAAUCCUAUCAAGUCAAAAAGGGCGAUUGGGUUCUUGUACAUGCAGCAGCAGGUGGUACAGGAUCAUUGAUUGUACAAUUUUGUAAAGGUUCAGGAGCAACAGUCAUUGGAACAGUUUCAACAGAGGAAAAAGGACAGGUUGUAAAAUCAUUGGGAGUGGAUCAUGUGAUUAACUACAAGAUUCAAAAUGUUGUUGAAGAAGUUAAUAAAUUGACCAAUGGAGUUGGAGUAGAUGUAGUUUACGAUGGAGUUGGUAAAGAUACUUUUGAUGACUCUCUUGCAUGUUGUAAAAGACUUGCUAGUCUCAUAACAUUUGGUAAUGCCAGUGGUAAAAUUCCUCCAUUUGAUGUAUUGAGAUUGGCAGAAAAAAAUAUAAGAUUGAUGAGACCAACUUUAUUCAAUUAUCUUGUUACAAAAAAAGAAUUUCAAAAAUACACUAAAGAAGUUUUUGAAUUUAUUAUUAGUGGAAAAGUACAUAUAAACAUUUGGAAUGUAUACAAAUUAUCUGAUGCUAAGAAAGCACAUGAAGAUUUAGAAAGUAGAAAAACUACUGGAAAAUUACUUUUAGAACCUUAA